GCGGCCGCGGACGGCUGCGGGACGGCCGGCAACAACGGCACACAGUCCGGGCCGGCCGCCAUGGUGACGGUGAUCGCGGUGAUCGCGGUGACCACGGCGCUGAUCGUGGUCACCGUGUUCGGCAACAUACUGGUCAUCAUGAGCGUGGUGCAGUACCCGCCGCUCCGGUCCGUGCCGAACAUAUUCAUCGUGUCGCUGGCCGUGGCCGACCUGACCGUGGCCAUCGGCGUGCUGCCGCUGAACGUCGUGUACAACGUGACGGGCGUGUGGCUGUUCGGCGGCGUCGUGUGCAAGCUGUGGCUGACGUGCGACGUGCUGUGCUGCACCGCGUCCAUACUGAACCUGUGCGCCAUAGCGCUGGACAGGUACCGGGCCAUCACGCAGCCGAUAGCGUACGCGCAGAAGCGCACCGUGUCCCGGGUCAUGUGGACGGUGGCGCUGGUGUGGAUCGCCAGCGCGGUGAUCAGCUCGCCGCCGCUGAUCGGCUGGAACGACUGGCCGGACGUGUUCGACGAGAGCACGCCGUGCGCGCUCACCACGCACCCCGGUUACGUGGUGUACUCGUCGAUGGGAUCGUUUUACAUACCGCUGGUGGUGAUGAGCAUCACGUACCUGAGGAUAUACGUGGCCACCAGGCGGCGGCUGAGGCGCCGGGCCAAGCAACAGGUGGCCGUGUCGCAGGACAACCGGCCGCGGCGCUCGAAGGAGGCCGCCGCCAAGACGGGCAAGCCGAAGGACGGGGACGUGGACGCGGACGGCGGCAGCGGCAGCGGCAACGCCAAGAUGAUCGCGGACGCGGCCACCGCCGACUCGGCGAGCAGCAGCGACGAGGUGGACGCGGCCACCAACGGCACGGGCGGCAGCGGCGGCGGCGACAAGCAGCGGACGGGCCGGGGCGCGUCGGCGGCCGUGCGGGCGACGCCGUCCGUGGGCAAGCACGUCGACCAGCUGCUGGAGCACAAGCAGCGCAUCUCGCUGUCCAAGGAACAAGCGGCCAAGACGCUGGGGCGUCAUCAUGGCGUGUUCGUCGUCAGCUGGCUGCCGUUCUUCGUCAUCUACCUGUUCUUCCCGUUCUGCAAGUCGUGCUGUCCGCCGUCCAAGGUGCUCGUCAACGUGGUCACGUGGCUCGGCUACCUCAACUCCACCGUCAACCCGAUCAUCUACACCCGGUGCAACAUGGACUUCCGGCGGUCGUUCAAGAAGAUCCUGCACAUGGACGGCCAACACAACCACCAACACUUGCGACAGCAGCACCGCCGCUGAACCGACGCGCCGCGGCGGCCCUCGGGGGCGGUGCGCCGUCCCGAUACCUCCCCCGCAGCGGUUUACCGAUCGCGUCCUGCUCAACCG